AUGGUGAAUGUGAAUGCCGCCUUCCCAUUUAACCUUCACAACCAGUCGCUUGGCGACCCUCCGUCUCGUAGUGUCUCAGGCGGAACCUUGGAUAGCAGUCGGCGGGCCUCACGAUCUCCUGCACGUGAUUCCCUACACACGAGGUAUUCGAGCACUUCACUACGCCAGGAUGCGGAAGGCUCCGCGUCUCAGGGCAAUGACGCAGUGGAAGGGAGAGGUGAUCCGUACAAGCCAAUAUUAAAUGUUAGGCUUGUAUCGACUGUUGUGAGCAAUGUUGCAAACAGGCCAAUUAAUGGCAUCUCUCGGGGGCGACCAGGACGUGGGAUCGAACAUGGACGGGUGAUGGUUGUCAGUGCUGACCACAUUUCACAUCCUGACGAGGAUGACGAUGAACAUGACAAUGUAGCUGAAGACAAUGAUGCGCUGACACCUCGCCGGCAGACGCACACGUCUGAUGGGGAUGCAAGUAAUUCGUCUGAUAGUAAUCCCUCCGAGUUGUCUUGUGAUGCCAAUGUCAUACAUACCGAGGAUUUCACAAUUCGUGACGCUGGUGCUAUAUCACGUUCCUGGGGUGACUGA